CUAUCAGGGCUGGAGACAAGGAGGGAGAUAGAGUCAAUAUAGAAAGAGAUAUCCACAGCAAUGGGUCAGGGGCAAAGUGGAGAAAGGGGGAAGGAGGUAAGAUCUGGAGCUACUGCUUUCUCCCACUGCAGGCUCCUCCAUCUUACAGUGCAUUUCCUAUAAACUCCCUCACUUUUAACACCCCAAAGAGUUAGCUGUUCCUACAGCAGCCUUCUUCUACCUCCUCUUGAGUUGUAUUUCCCUGAUGAAAUUCCCCACAACUUUUGCUUCCUCCCAGUCCCAGUUUGCUUCUCAGUCUCUACACUGAAGCAGCAUUACAAGGGAGAAAAUUUCCUCUUGUUCCUCAAAGCUUUCAGUGACUGAAAACAUCAUCAUGGAAAUACGGAGGGAGCAGAAAAAACAAAUCACCAGCAAAACACCAACUUUGUUAGAACUGUCUUUUCUCAAAAUGCAGCAGGACGUUUCCUGAAGAAAACUAUGCCUCACACACUUCACUUCAUAUACAAAACUAUCAGUUCACUGGACUGCUGUCCAAACAGGGCUCUCAAAAUGUGUUCUGGAAACACAGAUACUCCUGGAAAACACAAGAGAAGUUAAAUAGACAGCAAGGGGAUAAUCCUAAUGCACUUUUAUUACACCUUCUGAUAAAAACUUCAUUAACACCAAAGUUUAUUUGCAAUUAACUAAAAAGGCAUUCAACAGAGCAUCAGCACAAUAUGUUCUCAUUCCCUCCUUCCAAGUUUUAUCCCUGCUUACAUACAGAAAGUCCCCUGUACAUCUAUACCAGGCUCACAGCCUCCUCCCACAGCAGAAUGCUGCCCUGGAACACUGUGUACUCCCAGAGGCAUUACAAUAAUCUCAUUUAAGGCAUGGCCCGCCAUGGUCAGGCUCUGCACCAGAGAAUUUAUGUAGAAAAGCAGAGGCAGCACCAGGCAUUUUGUCACCCUGAAAAGGCAAGGCUGUCCUGUUCUGACAGCUGCUGCCUGCAGCUAUCUCUUCCCUCUCUUCUUAAGUUGCUAUGUCUGUAACAGCAGUGGCAAAAAAUGUCCUUCCUUAUGUUUCUAACCUGAAUUAGAGGCAGAGGUACAACCAUGCAUCCUGCUUGUUGCCCUCCAAGUUGCCCAUCUCCAGCAGAGAGGGGGAACACCCAGUUGGAUGGGACCACCUUGAGGAGGUAGGUUCAGUCUCAAAAGGUUUGCUUCUAAACAUCUGUGCCAUUUGCCUCCCCUCUUUGCUCAGGCAGCAGAAGAUGAAUAUGCAGUUCUUACAGAGGCCCUAGCUCACUUCUGGCAUACAGUAAAUCAAAUUGAACAAGCAGCAAGACAUCCAACUGUAAACUGAGCCAGCUGAGCAGAGGCACUUCUCACAAAAAAGGAGGUAGAGAUACUCCUGACAAACCCCUGUACUGGAAGCAGCCCAACAGAUAGAGAAAACCAAACUCUUACAACACAAUAUCAGAAUUAAAAUAAUGUAGACAAGAAAAUGUAAGAAUUACAGCUCAACAAUCAUCCUUCUCUAUUCCCAUCACAAAAUAGAUCCAGGAUGGCUAUAACAGAAUGAGGGUCAAAUUACAACAGAAAUAUGAGGACGCGUGCUUCACCCUUGAGACUAUUUUCUCAUUAAUACAUAAUACUUCAACUCCAUUUAAGAACCUCGUUAUGUGUUUUUAUGGUAUCAGAUCAUUUGAUUAGUUGUAUUAGUCUAAAAUAACUUCCUCUGAAAUACUGUUCAAUGUAACACUUUACCUCUUGAUUAAACACUUGUUCAGUAAAGAACUGAACUCAUGGCAUCACUGAGUAUGCUUUACUAGAAGUCAGGUUAAAAUAAUGAAAGGAUUUUUUUUUAUUAUGUCAGUUUCGGAAAAUUGAAAGGAUCCUAAAGUCAAGAAUUAAAGCUUUGCAGGAGAUUGUUGGGUAGGUCUGCUCUUCUCCACCAAAUGCAAAAUAAGGCAUCUGUCUAGAAACCACAUUCUUCUGGCUGUGCAACCCCAGAAGUCUGCUCCCUCCUGCUCCCUCCAGCCUGCUCACACUCGACAAACAAGACACAGUUAUUCCACAGGAUAUUUCCUCUUCUGUCAUUCUCAAUGUUAUGCUUUGCUCUGUGAGGAGACACCUUCGCAUCAGAUUCUGGAUGAACUAAUUGUUUCCUGCUAGAAGGAACACGUUCAUUUUUUGCCCCUAGACAAGGCUGGCAGUGACUGCAAAAGGUGGCUCUUUGAAGCCCAUCCUCUGACCCCUUGCUGGAGCUUCCUCUGACCCCUUGCUGAAGAACAGCUCGUCAGUCACAGGCAGAAGUCAGGACAAACAAAGGGCUGUUUGUACAGCAUCUCCCAUCAGCCCUCCCUCUCUCUUCUCAUCCCCGCUAGCUCUAACUCUCUCUGGGUCCAUCUAAAAAGAUACGGCUGCCAAGAAAGUGAAAGGGAGUGAAGCAGAAGAAAAAGCACCCUGCUGUGGGAAGCUGCAAAAAUGAAGAUGUUCUCAGCCCUGCUUCUGCUGAGCACCCUCCUGGAUACCCUCACGGUGCCUUCCCACCGCCCUUCUUGUUACAAGAGGGCCCUCAAAGACCACAACUGUCACAACAUCCCCGAAGGCAUGGAGAACCUUCGACAAAUUGAUGACACUCUGCAAGAUCACUUUUGGGAAGGGAAGGGCUGUGAGGUGAUCUGUUACUGCAACUUGAAUGAAUUGCUCUGCUGCCCAAAGGAUAUUUUCUUUGGACCAAAGAUAUCUUUUGUGAUCCCCUGCAACAGUCAGUGAUUCAAGUCUGCAGGUGAAGAUAACAGACAUCAUUCUACAAUUGUGUAAUAAUGCUUUCAAGAGCAAAAACAAAACCACCACAAUCUAACCACAAAACGGUGCCUCAUUUUACACUGUAGAAAAAUUUCCUUUCUACGCCUUUAUGGAAUAUCAAGCACGUAAGAAGUUCUUUCAAAUUUGGUAGCUGACCUAAUUUCCAACGGUUUAAGAGAUUGUACAAGCUCUUAAUGCAUAUUAAUACGCAUACCCCAGCAAAAAGUGCAACUCUUCUGUCUCAGCACAAUAUUCUCAACUAGUCUGGAUGAAGAAACUUCAAGCCUAAGCCUUCACAUCAUUAGGAACAUGACUCUCACAGCAACCUACAGCAGUGCAGCCUCCUACUGCAUUAUUGCCAUCACACAUUCAAUGCUUUUUCAAGCUGAAGCUACUCAGUCCCUGGUACUUUUGCAGACAGGUUCCCACAUUCUAUUUAGGCAUCUUAAAAUAUAUACACAUACAAAAGCCAUGUAUUUUCAUAUCUGAAAACAUUCCACUGGAAUAAAAAAAAGUCAAAACUGACAUUAAUAGUAUUAAAUGGUCUUAGGUCUUAAUUAAGUGUAACUGGUCACCUGCCUUAACUGUGCGAUCUGUAAAACCUUAAAUUAUUUAAUCUUAACAUUGAACGUUUAAAAUACUAGAACAGUACAUUUUUUUAAACAAGCCUUAUUUGAAAUACAAUACCCCAGAAUUAAGUUAAAAUGCUGGUUUUUUAUUUUUAGGCUAGCCCUGUAAGGAAAUAGCUAGAGGAGAAGACAUAGAGCUAAUCAUCUUAACAUUUAAGAGAUAGCUAGGCAAUAGACAGAAAGAGACAAUUUUUUUGGCUGUUUUUCACUUAUACUGCAAUCUGUAUUGGCAAGUGUUGAGUAUGUAUAAGUGAGACUGUAUAAGUUUAAGGAAAGCCACCUGAACAAGCCACGCUUACAGGCAGUAAACCUGGCUUGUUGCCUUACACAGAAAGGCUCUUUAGGUAUCAAGUCAGUGAUGUGGAAGGUAUGCAGUACUGAAGUAACUACUCAGUCAUCUCCACUCAAAAAGUGGAGAUUAUUCACUUAAUAAUCUUACACAUUAGAUCAAACUGCUACCACUAGUUUACCAGGCUACUUCACAUGCCAGUAUGAAAUAUCUGGAUGACUGUUUUUCUUCCUAUUAGCAAACAAGGGUUGGAUACUGAGGGCGGUGAUUAUAGACUGCCAAUAAUAAAUGUCUCAAGUAAAUCUGUGUGUACUAUUUUUGCACUACUGACUGUUAAACUGUUUGUGUCACUGGGCUUUUAAAGCUUUGUUUGUGUAAUUAUUCCUGAGUCAUCUGGGCUUCCAACCAAAUUAAGAGUAAAAUAAACCCCAUAAAUCUGGCAACACAGUGAAAAUAUCUGAUAUCAGAGCUCUGCUAACAAAGCAUAGAGUAACCGCUCUUGUUCAAAGUCCUCUAUAAGCUUCUAGGGUAUGUAACUUCUGUUGUUUGUGCCAUCUAGUCUCUACAAGAGUCAUGUUGCAUAUGCCUGGCAUUCACAGCUUUCCAAAGCAGCGGCAGCAAGAAAAAAUUAAGGC